AUGCUUUGAUACCACCAGACAUGUUGGCCACCUACAAUUAUCGCCUUAAGUUCCAAAAUUCUGUACAUGCAACCGAUCUGCAUGUAAGAGGAUGCGUUUGUAGUCAGCGGCGUUACUGUGUUAAACUUUGUUGCAAAAAUAACCACUUUUUCAAUGAAACUUCCUUGCAAUGUCAGAAACUUCCAGAAGACUUUCAAAUGCCCACCGAGAUCGAGAUUAGCAUGGACAACGGUACACAGGACAUGGUGAAAAUAGUACAACACUUCAUUCCGCAAGUUGGGCAACCUUGCGAAAUGUUGGAAAGCCUUUCUUUAAAAACGGAUAAAUGGCAAUUGAAUGAGGACGGACAAUUGCAUAUUCUAAAUGAUAAUUCAAUCCUCGAUGUUGUUAGCUACUGCCUGACACCGUACAAGGCUGAAGGGGCCAAUGAAAGUGUCUUCAUGGCCAUGACGUGCCCUAUACCGAAUGAUACCAGCUUUAGGUUAAAGUUGAAAUCAAUUGGCAUGCUUUUGUCUUUGAUUUUUUUAAUACCCACUUUAUUAGUUUAUUUGAUUUCACCUAAACUCCGUAGGCGACCGACUACGGUAAUUUUUGUUUGCUACAGCAUAUCACUCAUAGGAUGCUAUUCCCUCUUUUGUUUCAUCAACAUUUCCGAAUGGACAUUUGAGUUGUCACCUUGCAGAGCUUUGGGAUUUUCCCUUUACUUUCUUUUUGUUUCCACCUAUACUUGGCUAAAUGUGAUGGGCUUCGACACUUAUGCCAGUCUAACACAAGUUGUCCUUGUCAGGCAGAACAGAAAACGUAUCAUUUGGUAUUGUUUGUAUGGUUGGGGCGUACCAUCUCUGCUGACACUCAUCACGAUGUGGUGCCAAGAUUCUGAAUUGAUUGCUGAUCUCUAUAAGCCCGACAUUGGAGAGGACGUUUGUUGGUUAAAUACCGAGAAAUGGGCAGCUGCAAUGUAUUUCUAUGGCCCCAAUUCAAUUUUGAUGUCGUUAAAUGUUGCUGCAUUUAUCCAAGUAUAUUGGUACAUUCGAAAAAACGGCCAGACACUGAAGGAGAAUUGUGCAACAACGUCCAAUAGCAAUGCCUUAGCUGUUUUCCGCCUUUUCAUCUUAAUGGGCAUAUCAUGGAUUAUGGACAGUGUUUCGUUUUUCUUACGUCACGUUAGUAUUGCGGAACCACUCUUUAUAAUGACGGACUUUUAUAAAUCCAUUCAAGGCCUACUUAUCUUUAUAUUCUUCGUUUUAAAGAAAAGUACACUAAAAUAUCUAUGGAACAGUAUUGUUAAAGUCGUAAACCAUUGCAAACCCACUCCAAGGAAGAAAUAUCUACAAGAUCCGCAGAAACCGAAAGAGAUUCACACAAUGAUUUGGGAUGAGGAUAUGCCCUUGCAGUAUCCUGUAUCUCAUAAGGGAUAGCUCACAAGAAGUGUUACCAAUCCAAGGCACAAUUAUUAAUCAUCGAAUAUCAGUUUUUUGUUUUCCAAAAUAUUCCCCAUUUAGAUCUGUACACCUUUUGCGGGGGUUUGAACCAAUUAUCGAAGCACUGCAUUCUGAACGCAUCAACCGCUUCUUCAGGUGUCGAAAAACGUUGACCUCCCAUUUUAAUUUUUACGUACGGGAUAAAAAGAGGCCAUUCGGUGCCAAGUCAGGACUAUACGGCGGAUGGCUCAUCAAAUCAAUGUUUUGAGUGCUCAAAAAUGCAGUUGUUUGAGCCGAUGUGUGAGAGCUUGCAUUGUCGCGGUGAAGAGGGAUAUCCGCCUUCGGCGGUUGGUUCUCCUGAUUUCUUGUAAGACAACUGGCAAACAAAUGGUUGUGUACCACUCAGAACUGACUGUUCUGCGUUGUUCUAGUGGUACGAUUGGGAUAUGUCCAGUUUUUUGAAAGUUUGCAAGCUUGGAAGUACUUCGUGCGCGAGCAACUUUUGUUGGAUUUGGUCCAUCUUAAAACAACCAUACAAUCGACUGCUGUUUACUUUCAGGCUCAUACGUGUAAACCCACGAUUCAUCACCUGUCACGAUGUUAUAGACGUGUUUCGAAGCACCACGAUGGUAGUCUUGGAGCAUUUCUUUCGACCAAUCGACACGAACCUUUUUUUUGAGCGAUUGGCAAAUUGUGUGGGAUCCAAAGCGAACAAAUUUUUUUGACAGUCAAAUGUUCAUGCAAAAUUGAAUGUAUGCUGGUCCGACUAAUACCUAAGGUUGUCUCAAUCUGACGAUAGGUCGGUCACAUGAAGAGCUCGCAAUAUCAGUUGGCGCACAGCAUCAAUGGUUUUUGGAACAACAAUUGAUUUUGGACAACCUUCACGAAAUUCGUCUUGAAGUGAACUACGACCUUGGUUGAAUUCACCAUAGCAUCGAUCAACACUGGUCCUUGAUGGAGCUUCAUCGCCAAAAAUUGAAUUAAGUUCAUCGAUGCGCUCUUGUUAAGUGCAUGGCAAAAGUUGUAAAAAAUAGUCGCACGAAAAUGUUCAAGUGAUUUAAUUCCAUUUUUUGGGCGAGAUGAAUCUUUGAAGUUACUGUAAACCACACAAAUAGUGCUCAUUUGCCAAAAUGUUCUAAGUACGUAUUACCUCUAAAAUGUCAAGCUUAGCGAUAGAGCUGUCAGUUGGCAGAUUGCAACACAAGGAUUGUACAAUCCCAAAAUAUAAAAGGCAACGCUCGUUGAAGACUCCAUUCACUUCUGCUCGAUAUGACUACCUUAAGCCUUGACUAGGGCUUUGAGUCGGUCAAAAAACUAGUUGCAAUGAAAUCUGCAAAUAUUUUGGCCCAUUCCCAUGCAAUGGCAUCCUACAGGGCAUCCAGAUUGGCAUACUACAGGGUGCAGGGCAUCAUAACUUAGUGCAUUUAUUUGCAUUUGAAGGCCACCGUAGCGCAGAGGUUAACAUGUCCGCCUAUGCCACUGAACGUCUUGUUUCGAAUCCAAGCGAGAAGAUCAGAAACAAUUUUUCAGUGCUUAUUUUCCACUCCUACUGCUGGCGUCAUUUGUGCUAUAUUGGAAGUUUACAAAUUGCUGAGUUGGGAAAUUUAUCUGUUCAGAGUACACGAAUUAAGGUAAUCCACUAAGUUCGUGCAAGCGCAGCCACUCCUCGGCUUAUUCGAGUCUAACUUUCUUUUUGCUUUGGUCUUUGUGAAAAUUGUAAGGCUUUAUCUUGGGCUCCUUUUUCGAUAUACAUUUUCAAAAAGAAUUUGUAUACUCAUCAAUGUCCCCCUCGUCCUUGCGUUUGUAACUCAUCGCAGUUAUAAUCUCGGGCUAGGGUGUACAUGUAUUUGUAUUUUUUGAUUAUUCGAUUAAUUGUUUAUUUGAAACUCCAGGUUCAAAUAACGAUUAAUCGAGUGUACACCCUAUUUCGGAACCAACAAAGUAUCAAAAGUGUGAUCAAAUAUGACCGUUAUUUUAAAUUUUCCAAAUAGUAUUUAUUUAUUCAUCAAUAACUAUGUUGUCUCCCUCAAUUAUCUUUCCAACUAUUGGUUGCGUUUUUCCCAUCUUCGAAACACUUGUGAAUCGCGCUUUUUUGAUACACAAAACUUAAUACCGUUUCUUUGAUCCAUUUUUUGGAACAGUAAAAAAUCGAAAAACACAGAAAACGGCUUACCUUUUUAUCUGUCAAAAACAAACGGGCAAUCCAAAAAAGUUGGUAUAAACAAUAUAUAUAAAAAAACUCACGAAAUUUGAAAAUUUUGUUUCGAUCAGACGUCGUAUGUUGCAUCCUUUUACGGUUUUUUCAGAUCUUUAGCCAUUUGAAUGGCACUACGGUAUCGAUCUCGUUCAAUUCGAGUCUUCACUGGCCGAACCCAUUUUGAUGGAUUAAUGGUGCGAUACAAAACCAGUUGGUUUACUUUGAUGUGUUUGAGUUCGCCGACAAUAGCCGGUUGUGAUUUCCUCGACAUAUGUAACGCAAUAACUUUACUAUGCUUGAACUUCAACAUGAACUUUAUUUUUAAAUAAACACAUGCUUUUAGUGGUGGUUCGUUGACAAUAUUAUGAGUUGUUAAUAAAGAUAAUGCGAUGAGAGUGCCAACAGAAGUCAACCUAAAGAAGAAAGAACAACAAAUUGGGGAAAAUAUUAUUUUCAUACUACUACCGCCAUCUAUACGUCAGGUCAGCUACUAUUAUCGUUUAGCUGUCAUUUCUAGUUUAACGGAUUUGGUAACACUUAAUCUCUGCUACCCUGUACUAAGCUGCAAGGCUAGUGCUUGCAAAAGAUAGCUCGAUAUUGAUAGGUUUAAAGGCCCAUACCCGAAACCAGAUAUAUUUGCUGACUUUUGCAAUGAGGGUCAAAACGAAAGCUUCUUGAGAUUUGAAACCGAAUUUGAUAUCGAGCACAAUUGCAAUAUGGGGUUCAAAUAUAUAUUAUUAUAUGCUGCUAUAUUCUCAGGGUUAAGUGUUUCGAGGACAACCCCACACCCCAAAAUACCCCACAAACAGCAAUUUUUUACUGACCAUCGUAAUAUGGGGCUUUGAUAACCAAUUUUAGGGCCAAGUGUUUGGGGGACGCCUCCCCCACCUCACCACCGAAAACAUCUCUAAAUCGUAUAUCAUGAGAAUAUAGGGCUGAAAUAAAGUCUUUUAAGAAUGGAUUACUUCUAACAUCCGAAUUUCGAGCGAACUCAUAGACCAAUAAAGAUCAUAUGGGAUUCAGAUAAAGGCAUUUCUAUUGUUAUUCUGUUAGUCAAAACUUUUGCCAAACCAGCAAAAAUCAAAGCUUCUUGGAACCGAACAAGGAUCAUCGAGAGACCGGUUAUCGUGGGUGCAAUAUCAGUUUAUAGACUGAUUGCAAAAUUUCAGCCAAAUCGGACAAAAAUUGCGACUUCGAACGACUCAUGAAAUCAAAUCGGGUUUAUAUGUACGCGUUCGACUGCUAUUGUGAUUUCGACAGACGGACAUGACUAGAUCAACUCAGAACGUCGAGACGAUUAAGAAUAUAUAUAAUGGAGUCUUAGACGAAUAUUUCGAAGUGUUACAAACGGAAUGGCUAAAAAACGGAAUGGUAUAAAAAAUUUUCUUGCUUUGGAUCCCACACAAUUUGCCAAUCGUUCAAAAAAAGGCUCGAGUCGAUUGGUUGAGGACUCAAAACAUCGAUUUGAUGAGUCAUUCGCCAUAAAGUCCUGACUUGGCACCGAAUGACUUCUUUUUAUACCCGUACGUAAAACAUGAAUUGAGAGGUCAACGAUUUUCGACACCUGAAAUAGCGGUUGACACGCUCAGAAUGCAUGUUUUGGAGAUACCUCAAUCAGAGUGGCAAAAGUGCUUCGACAGCUGGUUCAAGCGCAUACAAAAGUGUAUAGAUCUUAAUGGGGAACAUUUUGAAAAACAAUAAAGCAAUUUGCGAACGACUUUCCAUAAAUUUUCAAGUCCGCGAAAACUCUAAUUGCUCAUUGCUGCUUGU